ACCACCGCCGGUUGUUGCGGCCGCGCCGUAUAAAAGCCGCCGAGCAAAACUCCGUCGCCGACGCCGGUACGCCUACGCCGCACUGCGCGAACCCAACAGCGAAAUCAAAUCCAGAGCCAGUAGGGAGUGGUAGGCGGAGCCGCGAGAGCCCCGCGGCCCGCGAGAGCGCAGAAGCGGACUCGUCCACGAGGCCGGAGAUCUCUCCAGGUCGCCGCCGUCCAGUCGCCGCCGGCGCCGCAGGUUCCCGCCGGAAUAGGAGGAGAAGCGUCGCCGCCGCCGCCAACGCGCCCGUGCUCCUCACCGCUGGCCAAUGCAGGUGGAGACCGCCGCGAGCUCGAUUAGGAUGUGGUGGUGUUUGAGCCCCAGUUGGGCUUGAGCAGGCGAAAUGUGACUGGUUCGGCUAUUUAGUGAUUGACGCACCUGUUGCGAGCUGCUGCUGACUGAUUGUUUUGUCACGGAUUGGGGCUCAUGGAGUCGCGCAUGGAUCAGUACGAAAUCAUGGAGCAGAUUGGCCGUGGAGCCUUUGGUGCUGCCAUCCUUGUCAAUCACAAGAUUGAAAAGAAGAAGUAUGUGUUGAAGAAAAUCCGGCUUGCGAGGCAGACAGAGCGCUGUCGCAAGUCUGCCCAUCAAGAGAUGGCACUGAUUGCUCGGCUGCAGCACCCUUACAUUGUUGAAUUCAAGGAAGCUUGGGUUGAGAAGGGUUGUUAUGUCUGCAUUGUCACGGGCUAUUGUGAAGGUGGAGAUAUGGAUGAUCUGAUGAAGAAAUCAAACGGUACUUACUUUCCAGAGGAGAUAUUGCUUAAAUGGUUUGCUCAAUUGGUAUUGGCUGUAGACUACUUGCACUCGAACUAUGUCUUGCAUCGUGACCUGAAGUGCUCCAACAUAUUUCUCACCAAAGAUCAGGACAUACGCCUUGGAGACUUUGGCUUAGCGAAGACUUUAAAGGAAGAUGAUCUAGCUUCAUCUGUUGUUGGAACACCAAAUUACAUGUGCCCAGAGCUACUAGCUGAUAUUCCCUAUGGAUUCAAGUCAGACAUCUGGUCUCUUGGGUGCUGUAUGUAUGAGAUGGCAGCUCAUCGACCCGCCUUCAAGGCAUUUGAUAUGGCUGGACUAAUAAGCAAGAUAAAUCGGUCUUCCAUGGGUCCCUUGCCUGCCUGCUACUCAGUAUCCAUGAAAACCCUAAUCAAAAGUAUGUUGAGGAAGAGUCCAGAGCAUAGACCUACUGCAUCUGAGAUCCUGAAGAAUCCAUACCUGCAACCUUAUGUUAAUCAAUACCGUCCUCUUUAUGAUGCUUCAAACCCCAUGCGGAUGCCAGAGAAACCACUACCCACUUCACGGAGCAGUCAGAGAAGCAUGUCCGACAGCCAAAGCAGUAGCAUUUCUAGUAGUGACAUAGACAGUACCCAGUCAAGCGACAGAAGCACAUCAUGUGGAACUACAAGUAAUGAUAGAAAGACCAAUGAUAAUUUAAACACUCGAGAUGUGGAUCAAGCUAUGUCAGAUGAAAAAUGUUCAACACCUGAAGAUCUUCGAGGCAAUAAAGACAAUUAUAGUGUUCAGUUUAAAAGGCAAGAUUCAUCUAAAUCCAUACAUGUUGAUCUCCAUCCCAGAACAGAGAGUAAACAACCAAAGAUCAUUGAGAAGAUUAUGACAACCCUUAGAGAGGAGAGCCGUCUGAGAGAAAUCAACUCUCCUGUCAGAGGUGGUGUAAAGCCAAGUACUGGCCUCAGCAAUAAUAAUCAAGUGGAGCACCCAUUACAGGUUUCAGGGACAAACAGUGAUAUGCCAUGCAGUUUAAAGUCUGGCAACAUUUUAUCUCAUGACGAACAUGCAAAUCAAGUUGAAGCAUCACCACCCCUGAAGCAACUGUCACCUAUUGCUGAACAUAGUCCAAAGAUCAAAACUGCUGGGCCAUCAACUCCUGAACCUGCCAAACAGAUCACAGAAAAUGGUGCUGUAGCUUCAGGAAAAACUAAGAGCAGGACACCACCUGCUACUAGACGCCCUAGCCCUCAGAGGCAAGCUGGAGUAGGGACGCCAAGCUUCCCAGUCACAGUGACAAGACGAGCUCAUACCAAGGUCACAACAGAGAGAGAGAAAACUCCAGAACGACCAUCCCGUGGCUCAGAUAAUGCUCUCAGUGAUCCUCCACGUAAUAUAAUGAUUUCUGCGGAUCCUUCAGAAGGACAGCAUAUGAAACUGGAUGAUUUACAAGCAAAAUCAACAAAUCUUUGGGAAUUUUUCUCUGUUUCAACAAAGGAACACAACAGUGCCUGCUCAAAUUCUACAGUUGGUUGUACUGAAAAUAUGGACCGCUCUGAACUAUCUGAGCCUGAUUCAUCUGUCUGCUUGAUUUCGCCAUGUAUAGGCUCUGCACCCAACACUGUCAGCAAGGAGGAUGACCUAAGCACCAUAACAUAUUCAGAAAUUAGCACUGACAAGAUUAUUGUGACUAAUAAUGGUGGUUCGACCCUGAGAUGUUCUUUGGAGCCAUCCUUUCUGAGUUCUGUACAAGAAUUUGUUUCCAAGGAUGACGUGCAAUCUAACCAGCAUGGAAAGGGCACCACGUCCCAAAGUGGUGAGGAUAAGUUCACGGUUCAAGAACUUCUUUCAUCAGCACCAGAAGCCCCUCCAAUAUUAUCGGCUUCAGAAGUAGCUACUUCAAUUCCAUUGGCACCAGAAGUUGCUCCCUCUAUUCAAGUAACAAAAGGCACACUGUCGGAGGCACCUGUUUCUCUUCAGUCAUGGAAGAAACAUGUAGUUUCUCAUUUAAACCCUCCAGUUGAUGAUAUUGCACAGACCAUAGGACACAGCCUUUUCUGUGUUAGUGAUGAGCAGCCAACACCAGAAACUGUUCAAAGAGAAGCUCGGAGCACAGAUAUCAUCAAGCUUCUGAAUGUGGUACCAGAAGAAGCUGAUGCAAGGAGCAGCUCAUCAAACACACUGCCUCCAGCACGUGCCUCUUCAGUUACUGCUACAUCACAUGUUUCAGAAGCCAGUGCUGCUACUAAGGCGCCAGCCACCUCGGAUUUGGUAAAACUGUCUGCUGCCACAUCAGAGACCCGCAACGGCAUCAAGGAAGAGGCAUCACCCGCUAAGGAAGCACUUGAUGUUACAUCAUUUCGGCAACGAGCUGAGGCUCUCGAAGGGCUUCUGGAGCUUUCCGCGGAGCUGCUGGAGAACCAGAGGCUGGAGGAGCUCUCCAUCGUUCUCAAGCCAUUUGGGAAGAACAAGGUGUCUCCACGAGAAACCGCUAUCUGGCUUGCCAGAAGUUUCAAGGGGAUGAUGAGCGACGAUGCAGGUCGCCCGUCGCCAUGAGCUCCUUUUUCUUUUCUUUUCUUUCCUUUUUUUCUUUUGCUUGGUUGAUUUCACUUGGAGCCGCUUGAUUUGGUAACAGCAGUGCUCUGAGUUACUCAAACUUACAGAUUGUGGAGUUGCGGUCUUCUUUCUUUCUUUUUUCAAUUUUUGCGAAGACAGCUUGUGGUCUCUUUUGCCAGUUUUGCCUUUUCUGAUUGCUCCAUUCUUUCUGGCGUAUGUUGUACAUAGCCAAGAACUGUAAACAGCAAUAAAGCCUUGCCUCCGGUGUGAUGCAGAAAACUCAUAUGAUCCAGCUAACAGUUGAUUACUCCAA